AGGCAUUACUCGCCUAUAUUGGCUAUAUUUUAUUAUGUUUAUUGUUACUGUUCAUGUUUUGGUAAUUUAGUAUUUACUGAUUUGAUUUGUAUUUUGUCCACACUUCCAAGUUCUAGUCUAAUUCCUUGCCUCCUGGAUAACAGAUGCAUUAGUGUAAGGGCACCAGACGUGUACGUGCAUAUACGUACCUACGAUGGAAGAAAACAGAGACAAGUCGCCGGAAGACAGUAUYCCUUUGGCGGACGAUGACCCUCAAGCCAUUAUCCACGAUGACCAAGACAUAUCUCAAUGUUCUGAUGUCAUUGUGCGCAAUCAAAGUAUGGAUUCAUUACAGUCAUCAUUUACGAACGGUAGUAAUAGUCCAAGCAGAAAUAGUUUAGAUCGUGAUAUGAGUCCUGAUGAAUUAGAAGAAAAAGCCAGACUUAUUACACAAGUUUUAGAACUACAAAACACAUUAGAUGAUUUAUCUCAACGUGUAGAUAGUGUAAAAGAAGAAAAUUUAAAACUACGAUCUGAAAAUCAAGUUCUUGGCCAAUAUAUUGAAAAUCUUAUGUCUGCUUCUAGUGUAUUCCAGACUACUUCUCCAAGAGUGAAAAAGAAAUGAAAAAUAAAUUAUUUAUUUUAUUUGCUGCCAUAAACAAUGCAAAUUAAUUUAAUUUCAAUGAAUACAAUACACACAAAACUUUAUCAUAUACUUUAACUUCAAAUCUUUAACACCAUACACAACUUAACAGUUUUUAAAAAUUAUUAAUUUACCCUCAAUAUUAAUUUUAACAUAUAAAAUCUAAGUUAA